AUUGAAGACAGAUAUGAAAUGAUUUAGUUUGUAGAUUUACAUAAAAAAUGUAAACAGAUGAUAAAUGUUUAUCGCAAAUUUCGGGUUAGGUUAAGUUGAAAACAUAUUUGAGUUAAAGAACUAGAGAAUCACAAUUUCAUGAAAUAUCUCAUCUCAGUGAUUAUCUGGAUGGCAACCCAUCUUUUGUACAGUACCUAGAAUACGUUUCCUGAUGCAGAUUUUUCAGAGGACUCCAGAAAUUCAAGCAAUGCUUCACGUAUGUGUUAUGUAAAUGUGUAACCAUAAAUUCACGCCCUGUUCCUUCUGCCCAGCUAGCUAUCGAAAUUGUUAUGACCUUAUGUGAUGCGGUGUUAAAUUUCCAUAAAGGCCACAAUGAAGUUAGCAACCCCAAGAAUUUUUAUAGGACAUAGGAAUGAAGCAGAAGUUUAUCUAUCGAGGAGCAAACGAAAGAAGGAAUUUCAUGUUUGCUAUAUUUGUCAUCAAAAGUUUCAAUCUCAUGAAAUGUUAGAAGUUCACCAAGUACUACAUAAAUCAAGGUAUAAAAAGACAAAAAAAGUUUUACUAAAUACAGAAGACAAAAAGGACGAUAUUGUAAAAGAAUUGGAUCAAAAAUCUACAAUGGAGGACCAGAGUUCAAUCAAAUAUGAUCAAUCCGUAGAUGUGAGAGCUUCUAAUAAACCGCAAAAUACUCCGACUGAAGAGAUAAAACAACAAAUGGAAAAGGAAACAAGAGGAUCGGAAAAUGUAGAUGUGAUCAUAGCAGCUUCGAAUCAACAGCAAAAAAUGAUGGAUCCACCUGAAGAGAACAAACAACAAAAUGAAAAGGACAUAAGAGGAUCGGAAAAUGAGAUAAAAGAAAACCUUGAUGGAGCACAUCAAACAGAUGAUCCAAAUUCUAUCCAAUCUGUACUUAAAGUUGUAGAGGAUACCCAAAACCAUAACAAAGGACUUGAUAAUCAGCCACUUCCAUUCAGGAAACGAAAAAUAAAAGCAAGCAAUAUUAUGUUCAAAUUAGGUCGAUCCGAGAUAGCUAAGAAUCCUGAUAAAGAAAAUGCGGAAAAGACCAAUACUGAUUGGGAGGCAGUAGACACACACAGAAUUGUGCGUAUGUUGCAUGCAUCUUUUCAGUUGAUUUCUAGACCAAUUCGUAGACCAAUUAAGACAUUAUCCUGAUUCCUAACUAAGUCGAGAUAUACGACGUUAUAUUGUUAUUUUUUAUCUCUGCUGAUUAUUCUUAGUACUUGGGUGAGAAUUAGUUUGUCGAUUUGUUUUGAUUUUAAUUGUUUUUUCCUAUUUAUUGUGCCAUUUUUAAUGACUUAUAUGAAAAUGUCUUUAUUGCUUUAAUUAUUAUUAUCAUCUUAUUGUAUAUAUCCUUUUAUUUCACUUAAAAAUGUAUUGAUUUCAAGAAUUGACUGCCAAAUAAAUUAUUCCUGAUAACAAAAAAAAA